AUGGAUCUGGGACUUCUGAGGCUCGUGGAUUUGCCCCAGGGCAAGAACAAGGCCCUUCGGGGAAACCGAAGAAGCAGUUUUGUACCCGCCACUCGACGCCAGCGAGAGUUCAUGCCAGAAGAGAAGAAAGAUACCACAUACUGGGAGAAGAGGCGUAAGAACAACGAGGCGGCCAAGAGAUCCCGGGAGAAGCGGCGCUUGAAUGACGUGGCCGUAGAAGGACGGCUGGCCGCUCUCAAGGAGGAGAAUGCCUCGCUCCGGGCUGAGCUAAUGGCUCUCAAGUUUCACUUUGGCCUGCUGGGCCCUGGCACACCCCAUGCCCUCCAGGCCUUGCUGUGGAGCUGCCCCUGGCUGGCCUCUCGAGGCCCUGAGGGGAAGCUAGCCCAAGCAGAUAGAGGCCCGCUCAGGCCAUGCAGCCCAGACCCCAAGGAGCUGUUCUGGAGGGAUUAUGGUAGUUCCCACAAGGUGGUUGGUCUGGGCUCCCCAGGGCUCUCUCAUGAGCUAUCAUCUCCAGACCCCAAAAGGCCAGACUCAGCUGUCUGCUCCCCAGCUUUCUUUAGCUGCCAUCUAUCAGAUGGGCACACCACGCAGCUGCCUCUGCUGGAACCCAGCCUUAGGUGGGGGCCACCAGUGCCAACUGGGCAGAGAAAGAGCUCUGGGCACUGGAUCUUGGACAACAAUGAUAGACCCUUGGUGGCAAAGUCUGGUUCUGCGGUACCAUCCUCUGGAACACCUUUCCCCCAUCUUGGGGACAGACCCAGGACUACAGCUCAGUCCUCCCUGCCCCAUAAACUUCGGAUCAAGUCCCGGGCCCUAGCAGAUUGGGAGGACAAUUCUUCUAAUUCCUUCUGA